CAGUGACUGGAAACCGGGGACGGCAGGGCGACAGGUACAGGCUGCGCAGCAAACCCUCCCGGCUCAGCUGGGGUCUAAUGAAGCUGACAGGCAGGUUAUAUGUGGCCUCUCUGGGCCCUUCCGAGCUCCUCUCUUCUUUAAGGGCUUAUCAAGACUUCUCUCACUCCGGAGAAUGACACCAUGACAGCCUCGCGUCUGACGCUUCAUCACGGCCUCCGCUACUGAAGGGUACCGAGGACUUUCGCUGGCGAUCCGAGACGAAGACAAACCAAAGACUUUCACAAAUGAAUAACCGGAAGGAGGACAUGGAAAUUCCGUCCCACUACCGGCACCUGCUGCAGCAACUGAACGAGCAGCGGCAGCACGGGAUCCUCUGCGACGUCUGCAUCGUGGUAGAGGGAAAGGUAUUUAAGGCGCACAAAAAUGUCCUCCUGGGAAGCAGCCGCUACUUCAAGACUCUUUACUGCCAGGUGCAGAAGACGUCGGAGCAGACGACGGUCACCCAACUGGACAUUGUCACGGCUCAGGGCUUCAAGGCCAUCAUAGACUUUAUGUACUCGGCUCACCUGGCGCUGACCAGCAAGAACGUCAUCGAGGUGAUGUCAGCCGCCAGCUACCUGCAGAUGACGGACAUCGUCCAGGCCUGCCACAGCUUCAUCAAAGCCGCGCUGGACAUCAGCAUCAAGUCCGAGACGUCCGACGAGCUGGCGGACUACGACAUGGGCGCCCCGUCCAGCAGCGCCGAGGCCAUCCUAUCCGCCGUGGUAGCGGGACGCAGCAUCUCCCCGUGGCUGGCGCGGAGAACGAGUCCGGCCAACUCGUCGGGAGACUCAGCCAUCGCCAGCUGUCACGAGGGGGGCAGCAGUUAUGGGAAGGAGGACGGCGAGCAGAAGGGAGACAGCCAAGACGAGGUGUCCUCCGUGUGGGCCGGAGACGUGUGCUACGGGGCGAUGCGCAUCAAGGAGGAGCAGAUCUCCCCAUCGCAUUACACGGGAGCCGCCAAGGGGGAGGCCAACGCGUCGUAUACGGAAACGGGGGAGGGCUGGCCGCAUUCGGGGAGAAGGAAGAACAGGAAGAAUAAGGAGACCGUCCGGCACAUCACCCAACAGAUGGUGGACAACUGCAGGAGCGGCUCCCCGGAACCCUCCUACAUAAGCAGCACGCAGUGGCAGUAUGGCGCCCAGGACAACUCCAGUGAUGAUGUCACUGUGAUUGAGCCGGGCAGUUCUGACAGCCGUGAGGAGCGUGUGGAGUUGUACUCGCAGGGCGAGGAGUCCCUGCAGGGUGGGGAGGCCACUUACAACAUCAGUCUGGAGAAAGACGACAGGCCGCAGAUCACCAGCGUGACGAACCUGCGCAGCGCGCUCCUCAGCAAGAACAGCUUGUUGUCCUUAAAGGCAGACGUGCUAGGCGAGGAGAGCUCCCUCCUGUUUGAAUACCUGCCCAAAGGUACCCACUCGCUCUCUCUUAACGAGUUCACCGUCAUCCGGAAGAAGUUUAAAUGCCCCUACUGCAGCUUCUCGGCCAUGCACCAGUGCAUCCUGAAGAGACACAUGCGAUCUCACACGGGCGAGAGGCCGUACCCCUGCGAGAUCUGCGGCAAAAAGUUCACGAGGAGAGAGCACAUGAAGAGACACACGCUGGUUCACAGCAAAGACAAGAAGUACGUGUGCAAAGUGUGUAACCGCGUGUUCAUGUCGGCCGCGAGCGUGGGCAUCAAACACGGCUCCAGGAGGCACGGGGUGUGCGUGGACUGUGCGGGGCGAGGCGUGGGCCACGGCGGCGGAGUGCACUCCCCUGAUGCCAUGUACGCAGGCGAGGGCCACUACCUGGAGGACGUGGACGAGCUGAAGGUGGACGAGGAGAUGGGGGUGGAGGAGGAUGACGACAUCAAGUGGAAGGAGGAAGCGGAGACCUCGCAGGAUGAUGUCAUUUUGGAGGACGAUGAGAUAGAGGACUGCACCCCCGAAGUGAGUGGGGGGCGGCUCAAGGAGUUCACUUGGAUAUCCUAGAGGGGGCCGAUUGUAAAACUGACCAUGCUGAGGGCAGGAGGAUCCCUCGCGGUACCACCGGAGGGCCCUGUGUGUUGGCACCGGCUGCGCACGAGCUGCUUGGCACCGCCGGGCCCCCCCGAGUACUUUUAAUGCCCUCCCUGCUUUGGAAGAAGAGAAAGGGGUUGGUUUGUAUGCUGCAGGAGCCAGCGAGACCUGGUCUCUGCACACAAGCUUCUGCCGUGGCAGCGGGGGGGGGCCCCACCUGCCCCGGGAUCUACCUUCUUACCCCCCCCAGCUGCUGUACUUUUUACAUUUUAUUUAAGGAAGCCGAGGUUUCUAAUAUUUUCUGAUUGCUGAACCACAAUCAUCGUGAGACCCCUGCCAGGGCC